AUGGCGCAAAGCACUCAACAGCUUGACAUCCAGGUAUUAAAUGAUCUUCAACAACGCUUCCCUGAGAUUCCACUGGAAGUGGUAUCUCAGUGCAUGAUGCAGAAUAACAGCAACAUUGAUGCCUGCUGCCACGCCCUGACACAAGAGAGCUGUAAAUACCUUUAUAUGGAGGGGCACAAUCCAGAAGACACUAGAACAAACAAUCUUUUGCACAUCAAUCUUGGUAUUCACCCAGGCACCAAUUUCCAUGGUGAUGUAACACAAAUGAAUGGUCGACCACUGGUUCAUAGCUCAAGUGAUGGGCACAUUGAUCCUCAGCGCGCUUCUGGCAAGCUUAUAUGUUUGGUUCAAGAGCCUCAUUCUGCCCCAGCAAUUGUGCCACAAAAUUACAAUCCAUUUUUCUUGAAUGACCGAAACUCGCCAACUCCACCCCCACAGCCUAUUCAGCAGCAAAGUGUCAAUACGUCAGCUAUGCAAGCUUCCCUGCCAAAUUAUAUGCACAUACCUCGCUACAGUGCAAAUCCUAUAACUGUAACAGUAUCACAAAAUAUACCCUCUGCUCACAAUGUGCCCAGAGCUUUACAGAUUCUUCCUCAAGUGCAAAGCAAUCCUUAUGGGUCUCCAAGUUCUAUUUACAUUAGACAGUCUUCGCAAAAUUCUCCAGGAAGACAAACUCCACAAAACACACCAUGGCCCCAGUCCUCUCCAGUUCCUCUCCCAAACUAUAGUCCUUGCCCUCUUCCAGUGUUUCCUCAAAGUUACCAACCUGCACAGUAUUCACCUAAGCAGCCUCAAAUUCCACAGUCUGCUUUUCGUUCCCCUCCUACGUCACAGUGCACAUCUCCUUAUAGCUCUCCACAGCAUCAAGUACAGCCUAAUCAGCUAAGUCACCAGACUUCACAUGUGUUUAUGCCCCCUAGUCCAACAGUUUCUCCUCAUCAUCCCUAUUCGCAAGCUCCACCUCCCUAUCCAAAGCAAAGUGGCCAUUCUGUAUCUUAUCUUCCUUAUGGAACUGGCAUGAACAAGGCUCCUGGGAUGAACAAAAUAGAAAUUACAGUUGAAUCACAACAAAGACCAGGAAAUGCAAUGAAUAGAAGUCCUUCACCAAUAAGUAAUCAACCCCCCCAGCGGAGUACGCAUUCUCCAUAUGCCUCAAGUGCACGGCCAGGUUCACCUUCAAGGGCAAUACAAGGCCAGCCAAAGACUCCAUAUGGUGUUAAUCCCUUAUAUAUAACCUAUUCACAACCACCGACCACCUGUGGCUCUCCCACACCUUCUCCUCGUGUACUGAUGUCUCCAUCUAACCCAACUGUUUUCAAAAUUACUGUUGCACGGGCGCCUACUGAAAAUCUGCUAAAUAUUGUGGACCAAGAGCAGCAUCCUGGUGCUCCAGAACCUAUACAGCCAAUUUCAUUGAUGCCAUCAUCAGGAAUUGAAAAGGGAGUUCACAAAUACCAUCGAAGUUCCAGUUCUGGAUCAGAUGACUACGCAUAUACCCAAGCCUUAUUGUUGCACCAGCGGGCAAGAAUGGAAAGACUUGCAAAAGAACUGAAACAUGAAAAAGAAGGGCUAGAGUUGCUGAAGGCAGAAGUGAAUGGAAUGGAGCACGAUCUGAUGCAAAGACGCCUCAGAAGAGUGAGCUGCACCACAGCAAUUCCAACUCCAGAGGAGAUGACCAGACUGAGGAGCCUGAAUAGGCAACUGCAAAUAAAUAUAGAUUGUACACUGAAAGAAGUUGACCUGCAGUCCAGGGGAGUGGGGAAGCUUGAUUUGAGCAACUUCUAUGACAACAUAGCUCCUGGUCCUGCUGUGCCCCCCAACACUUGUAAAAAAGAUUCAUCUGAUUCUUCAUCAGUUGAAAGGAAAGCAAGAAGAAUCAGCGUGACCUCAAAUAAAAAACCUGAGCCCCCUGACAUCCCAAACCCAGGUGCUGGGGACAUUGCUCAUCGGCACAGACCCAACCAGAGACAAGCAAGAGAUGAAGAUUUUGAAGGGUCUCCAUGGAAUUGCAAUAGCUGUACUUUUCUCAAUCACCCAGCACUAAACCGUUGCGAGCAGUGCGAGAUGCCUCGGUUCACCUGA